GGGGGGCCGUGCAGUUCUCACGUCCAGCAGCAGAGGGCGGCAAGUCCACAACACAGCAGCCGCUAAAAUCAUUACGUAACGGUAGUGCUGCCUUUUGUGUGUCUUGUGAGCCUUUUGACACCGCCCCUCCGGAGGGUGCAGCGGGACCGUAGCCAACUAUCGGUUAGGUCUGCAGGGUGUAAACAAAUCUUUACAACGCCGCGAUGAACGGAGCAGCUGUCCGCGCCCCCGUCGUCCACCAUGUAGACCGACGCCUACGCUUCACAGUCCGGGGACGUUGACGACGGUUGGUUGUUGACUCGAGCGAGCCCUGUCAUUGCUUUGGCCGGUGGUAUCGCAGGUAUUUUUGUGCCACGGUUGUCACAAUGGUCACCGGGUGAAUUGUACAUCAAGGCUAGCUCGUUAACGGUGAGCAAACCGUAUGAAUUUGUGUGUUUUCGCACCGACAAGCACUGGCUAUAAUCAUUUCAGAGGUCCGUGAACAUGGCUUCGCCCGCAGAGCACGACCUGGCUCUGUCUGAAGCGGACAGCAGCAAGGAGAAAGCGCAGGUGUUUGGCAUUUUGAGGCUGCAGGAGGAGAAAUCUGGUGUUGGGGAGAAAGCUAGCGUUAACAGUAGCAGCACGGUGAGAGGAGGUGGUGGUGGAGGAGACGGGCGAUGGCAGGCUCCUAUCUUCGCUUUGGCCAGGAAAGCAUCCGAGACCAUUUCAGGGAGCAUUCACGUCCUGCCCAAAGUGUCGGAGCACAGGACGUCUCUGCCCGGGGACUGGACCGUCCAAGCCCUGCGGGACCCCAUGGCCAUGGAGCGAGCCAACCUGCUGAACAUGGCCAAGCUGAGUAUUAAAGGGCUGAUCGAGUCGGCUCUGAGCUUUGGACGAACACUGGACUCGGACUACCCACCUCUCCAGCAGUUCUUUGUUGUCAUGGAGCACUGCCUCAAACAUGGCCUCAGAGUGAAAAAGUCCUUUCUGGGCUUUAACAAGUCCCUGUGGGGUCCUCUGGAGCUGGUGGAGAAACUGUGUCCUGAAGCAGCAGAGAUCUCAGCCUCUGUGCGAGACCUGCCUGGACUUAAGACUCCAUUAGGCAGGGCUAGAGCUUGGUUGCGUCUGGCUCUCAUGCAAAAGCGGCUGGCCGAUUACCUGCGACUCCUCAUCAGCAGAAAAGACCUGCUCAGUGAUUUCUAUGAGAAUUCAGCGCUGAUGCUGGAGGAGGAGGGAGCAGUGAUAGUGGGCCUGCUGGUGGGCCUGAACGUCAUUGAUGCUAACCUGUGUGUCAAAGGCGAGGACCUGGACUCUCAGGUUGGGGUGAUCGACUUCUCCAUGUACUUGAAGAAUGACAUUGAUGAUUACAGAAGUGAAGAGCGGAAUAGCCAGAUAGCAUCCAUCUUGGAUCAGAAGAACUAUGUAGAGGAACUGAACAGACAACUCAACUCCACAGUUAAUGGUCUUCAGGGCAGAGUGCACUGUCUACAGAUGACCAACUCUAAACUCCUAGAGGAGUUAGCCAUAGCCAAGAACAACAUCAUCAAACUGCAGGAAGAAAACCAGCAGCUGAGGAGUGAUAACAGCCUUAUUCUGCUGAAGACACAACAACAAUUAGAGGUAACCCAAGGCGAUGUGUCCGUGGAGAGAGAUACAUACAAACAAUCGCGUCAGGGUUUGGAUGAGAUGUACAAUGAAGCUCGAAGGCAACUGAAGGAGGAGUGUCAGCUCAGACAGGACGUGGAGAAUGAGUUGGUAGUCCAGGUGUCGAUGAAACAGGAAAUGGAGCUGGCCAUGAAACUUCUGGAGAAAGACAUUCAUGAGAAACAGGACACACUGAUUGGACUGAGACACCAACUGGAUGAAGUCAAAGCCAUCAAUGUAGAAAUGUACCAGAAGAUGCAGUCGUCCGAUGACGAGAUGAAGAAGAAGAACAAUGUGAUCAGUCGUCUGGAGGAGAAGACCAAUCAGAUCACUGCCACCAUGAAGCAGCUGGAGCAAAGUGAUAAGGAUCUGCUAAGUCAGACCAGAACGCUUGCUAUGUCAUUUGUUAAGUGUGCCAGCACAGACACAGAGCACCAAUACAAGCUAGUCAAGGACAUCUCCUUCUGAGGACAAACACGCACAUAUGCUUGCACAUGCAGACACACGAUUGCUUAUGACCGAAUGAAUAAAUGGACUUAACUUAAAGGAACAUUCCUGUUUUUUGCACACAAUAUUCAGAGGGUUUUAGGCCUGAGAGCAGCCAGAGAAUCGGGUGAGACUAGACCUCGUGGUUUUGUGCUUUAGUCACUGGAACAUGAUCAUCACUAGCAGAGUGUUGGGAUUCAUACAGACCACUGCAACAUGUUUCAUGAUGUUUAGUUAAAUCCUCCUCAGACUUUGCUGGGUUUGUGCUAAACGAAGAUUCGUUUACUUUGAAUGUCCUGGUUUUGCUGGUCAGAGAACUGUCUGAAUAUUACAUCAGUUAUACUUUAAUAUAUACUAAAGAAACCUUUUGCAUUAAUCAUACACUACUUUGUCUGUUCACUCACAGUCGUGCUCGCUCACACACACACACACACACACGCACACGCCACGCAUUCUUCAUGUCUCCAGUAGUCAGUUUAUAUGCAGUGACACUGACAGGAAGAUAUUUGAUGUUUGGGUUCUAAGAUGUGACUACAGAUUAAGUUAGAAUGAUUAUAGUGGGCUUCCCCGCUCAAAUCACAACUGUUUUAUCUGGCAACACCCAGAGCCACUAGUUAACACAGUUGAGUCAGUGUAGUAAUUAAGGACUGUAUGUGCAUUAUUGGGGUGGGGAGGAAGGGCUAAACAUUCAGUUUCCCUUUUUAAAAAGCAAAACUCUUUCCAUCGUUAUUAAGAUUUUUUUUGUACUUUUUGUGCUGUUUUGUUUUGUGUUGACAUAUAUAUAUUUGAUUAGUGAUUCACUGUGCCAUUAAUAAUGGAAAAGAAUUUAAGAUAUUGUGCUCCAGUUUAAACUGUAAAAUGUCAUUAUAUGUCUACCAAAAUGCACAAUAGAAGUGGGAUGAGUAGUUGCCAAAAUUAUGGAAAACAACAAAUUGAUGCCUCUUGUUUACAGAAGAAUAUUCCAGUUAUUUUUUCAAUUUUAACCAAAAACGGUCAUUUUAUAUGACAGAUUUGUUUUACACAUUUUACUUUACUGAAGUUCUCCUUUCUGUUAAUAUAUGUAAUCUAUAUCUAAAUAGCUAAACACACUCCUCCCAAAAAAUGUGUCUCCGCAGAGAGUAACUUGUGAUUCUGUGCUUGGCUGUCUUUUUACCUUAUUGCUAUCGACACAGUUUAGGUGUAGAGCACAAGUAGGAUCAGGGAAAUUAUCAUAUAACAUAGACAAACUUGUUUCUACAGCUGCCAGCGUUUCCUCACAGGCAGCCAGCAGUGUUCGCUGCAGAUGUUUAGUCCGACAGCCUCCUGCUUUUAAUUUCUUGCCAAUUUGCUCUGCAUGUGUUGCGCCUCCUGACCUGCUUCUGACUGGCUGUGAUAACCCUCGCUGUGUCUAAAAUCAGUCCCUUGUUCACUCUCACUACUAUAUUGAUAGUACACACUCAGUAGUUUAUUCUAUAGUGAGCAGUGCAGACAAUUAUGAACCAUGGUGAGAUAAAAUGUUACGGAUCGCAUUGUGAGAUUGUUAGCAUUGUACAUGGACUCUACUGUUUUUGUUUGUUGGAGUUUAUGAGGGCGCUGUGUAGACUGGGUUCUAUCACAGUAUGGGAAAAGUAUGUAUUUGAUAUUUGUAAAUUUCAGGUCGGGAUAAGUAUGGAAAAAAAUUGAGAGUGUUGCCCCUGUUCUGUUUUCUAAAAUAUAAAAUUCAGAUGUUCUAAAAAUAAAAAAAUUGAUCUGACGUUUGAGCAGGCAGCCAGCGCAGCCAAAAUGUUCACCACUGUGUGAGGAAAGUGCGGGCUACAGCAAGCUUAAUGUCGUCAGCUCUGCCCCAAAUGCUGUAUAACUACCAAAUUCAGACAUCCGUGACCAAAUUACUUUGAAAGAAAAUGUGGCAGUAUCUUUGAAUUACAUAUACACAUAGCAUCACAAAUAACCACAUAUUAAGCUUGUCUGAACAUUGAGUUAUACAGUGAUGUGGUCAUCAAAAGUAAAUGGAUAAUAGUUUCUGUGUAAGGAAACCAUACAUUUAUGGCUGCGUUUGUUGUUUCCAUGUAAACAGGGAAUAAAAAAGGUUGCACAGGCUCCGUGAAAAUUAAAUGAUUUAAUUUUUUUCAAUAAAUUUUCAGUGGUCAUUUAUAAAGAGAUUAAAAAAAUAUGGGAGAAACAAAAUAUAAUAAUAUUUAUUCAAUAUGUUAAGGGAAAAUAAUACAAGUAUAGGUAGCACCAGUUAGUUUACUUCCUGUUUGGGCAGAGAUGUUUGACCGUGACCGUCCAGCUGGUUUGGUGUUAAUUGAUUUGUAUAAGCUACAGUACCUUGCUACAAUCUUCUGGCAAUUAUUUGGCACAACACAAUAGCAUACAUAGUCAGAAUGUAACAGAAUGUUUAAAACCAUUUAUUUACAGAAUAAACAUCUAGCGCUUUGUACUCAGAUGUCAAAUAUGGUCUAAAAAUGUAGAGAGAAGUCUGGAAAAGUAUGGACUUGUUUAGGAACUCUGUAUAGAGGAUACAUUUCUCACUCAGAAUUCAGGGAACUCUAAUAAAAUGGCGGAGGGUAAAUAUAGUGCACGCAAAAGUAAAAAGGGAGUGAUUUCAGUCUCCUUCUUGCUCUUCAUCCUCCUGCAGAUUCGCCUAAAUGGAAGUCAAGUUUUUGCAGAUGUGAACAGCUCAGGAGCUUUAGCUCAAUCCAUGCGCUUUGUUUCUGCAGAAUAGACAGAACUGAGGAAAGUGUAAAGAACAAGGGAACAUGAAUGUGUUGUUGUGUCUCGUCUUGGCAUAUUUAUUGACUUGUGUGAAGGAAGUUAUCAUUCUACCUGUUCUAACUCCAUGGUCAUAGUACUGUAACUCCUCUCAGUUUGUAGAAGAAUAAUCACUCAGUACAGCUGUUGAAAACUCACAACUACUGUCUUUUAAUGCCAUGAUCAAUAAAGUUAGAUGUUUUGAAA